UGUGGGCGGGGCUAAAGACCACUACAUGACAAAAUGGCUGCGUCCAUGAAGAACGUGGAAGAGAUUCGGAAUCGAGUAAUACUUGGGGAAUUUGGUGUGAAGAAUGUUCAAACAACAGAUUUCCCUGGAAACUAUCCUGGGUAUGAUGACACCUGGGACAUGAAAAAAUUUCAAGAGAAGUUCAGAAUUGAUGUAAUGCACCUGGAUGAGAGCAGCAUGGAGUUUGAUAUGGUGGGCAUAGACGCAGCCAUCGCCAACGCCUUCAGAAGGAUCUUACUGGCAGAGGUGCCCACCAUGGCUAUAGAGAAGGUGUUUAUCUAUAACAACACAUCCAUCGUCCAGGACGAAGUCUUGGCCCACAGAUUAGGCCUCGUCCCUAUCAAAGCUGACCCCCGACUGUUUGAGUACAGGAACGCAGGUGAAGAGGCGACAGAGGAGGAAGGAUCAGAAAUAGACACGAUUCAGCUGCAGCUGAAGAUCAAGUGCAGCAGGAACCCCAGAGCCAGCAAAGACUCCUCUGACCCACGAGAGCUGUAUCUGAACCACAUGGUUUAUUCCAAGGACAUAAAGUGGGUCCCCAUUGGGAACCAAGCAGACGUGUUUGCAGACUCCGGCAUUGGACCCGUACAUGAGGACAUCCUGAUAGCUCAGCUACGACCAGGACAGGAGCUGGACAUCAUUAUGCACUGUGUCAAAGGCAUUGGGAAGGACCACGCUAAGUUCUCUCCAGUGGCCACAGCCAGUUACCGCCUCCUGCCGGAGAUCACCCUCCUGGAGCCGGUGGAGGGAGAGAAGGCCGAGCGCUUAAAACGCUGCUUCUCACGAGGAGUUAUUGAACUGGAAGAUGUAAACGGGAAAAAGGUGGCCAAAGUAGUCAACAGUCGCCUGGAUACGUGCAGCAGGGAAGUCCUCCGACAUGACGACCUGAAGAACAUGGUGAAACUCGGAAGAGUGCGAGACCAUUUCAUUUUUUCCGUGGAGUCGACUGGCAUCCUGCCUCCAGAUGUCCUGGUCACGGAGGCUAUCAAAGUCCUCAUGGCCAAGUGUCAGAAGUUUCUCAGCGAGCUGAACUCUCCUGACAUGGAGUGAAAUGAUGACAGUGCGUGCGCUAAUUUAAAAAAGCAAUUCUGUAUUUUCAGAAUUCAGUUAUCAUGGUUGGUAGACUUGCUUGUAAGUAUGUAUAUACUGUUGUCUCUAGUUUUUAUACCACUCUCAGUGUUCGUUAAGUAAACAUGCUGAAUUCAAUAAAAACAUAACCAAUAAUAUCUGAAGGUCCAGACUUACUGUACAGUGUUCUGUAUGGGUCUUUGCAUAAUAUAAUAAAACAAAAUUUAUAAUCAAUCAUAAUAGAAAGCACAGAUGUUAUUACAGGAUGAGUGCAGUAUACAGAGAAUAUAUUUUCUUGGUAUCAUGUGUUCAUAUAGACCUGAUGAAUCAGUAUCAGAGUGAUCUCAUCUCUCGGGCUGUCAGUGUGUCUGCUGCCAACUUCCUGUCAGAUGUUCGUACAUUAAAGCGCUGCUGAUACAUCACUGUCAUUUAUCCUAAUAUUCCAGAGAUGUACAUGUCAUAAAUUUUUUUUAGAGCAGGAAAAUGACCCACUCAGUAUUUUAUGGAUCAUAACCAAUUGAGAUGUUCUGAGUCCAAGUCCCACCACCACACCCACUGGACACAAAAUAUGAGUGAGAAGUUAAUUGGAAUUAGUAGGUCUGGUGUGAUCAUGUGUAGUUUUCUGUAGUUUCUUUGAGGGUGGAUGCAGGUC